CUUCUGGACACUCCAGGCUCAUCAUCAUCAUCUGGUUUAUCACCAAACUCAGCUUCUUCAGCAACACCAUCACCAACUUACCCGCACCAAAUUAGCUCAGCAAGAUAUAUCUGAACAUGUGGAGUAAAUAUCUCUUGGUGUCUUUUUACUUCUGGACCUUGAUCUGUGCACUGCUUCCUGCUUCCUCUAAUGCCCUAGUGAGAAUCGGUCUGAAGAAGCGAACAUUGGAUGUUCAGACCAUCAAAGAUGCCAGGGCAUCAAGGGAAGCAAAGUUCAGAGGGACUAGUUUAAAGGGCAUGAUUGAUCAUAAUUAUUUAAAGAGUUCAGAUGAUGAAGAUUUAGUACCCCUGGAGAACUAUAUGGAUGCUCAAUACUAUGGUGAGAUUGGUAUCGGGUCACCACCUCAGAACUUUACUGUCAUAUUCGACACAGGAAGUUCCAAUCUUUGGGUGCCAUCAGCAAAGUGUUACUUGUCUAUUGCGUGCUAUUUCCAUACUCGGUACAAGUCAAGCAAGUCAAGUACAUAUACUGAAGAUGGAAAGUCUGCGCAAAUAACAUAUGGAAGUGGAUCAAUUCCUGGUUUCUUCAGUCAAGAUACUAUUCAAGUUGGAGAUGUAGCUGUCAAAAAUCAGGACUUCAUCGAGGCCACACGAGAAGGCAGUCUCACAUUUGUCUUGGCAAAGUUUGAUGGACUUCUUGGUCUUGGAUUUCAAGAAAUCUCUGUUGGAAAUGCUACACCAGUGUGGUCUACAAUGGCACAGCAAGGUCUUUUAAAUGAUGAGGUCUUCUCAUUCUGGCUUAAUCGAGAUACAGACGCAGAAGUUGGAGGUGAACUUGUUUUUGGUGGUGUUGACAAAAAACACUAUAAGGGAAAGCAUACAUAUGUUCCAGUUACUAAAAAGGGCUACUGGCAGUUCAAUUUAGGAGAUCUCAAAAUUGGAAACCAGUCAACAGGUGUUUGUGAAGGAGGAUGUGCUGCUAUUGUGGAUUCCGGAACGUCCUUACUCGCUGGCCCGACAUCUAUUGUGACUGAAGUUAACCAUGCUAUUGGAGCUGAAGGAGUAGUGAGUACAGAAUGUAAGCAAAUUGUUUCUCAAUAUGGAGAUUCGAUAUGGAAUCUUCUAAUAUCAGGGGUACAACCUGACCAAGUAUGCAAGCAGCUUGGCUUAUGUGUUUUGAAUGGGGGUCAGUAUGUGAGUGCUGGUAUUAAAACAGUGAUUGAAAGAGAUGAUAGGGAGGGCUCAUCUGUUGGUGACACUGCUUUGUGCACAGCUUGUGAGAUGGCUGUUGUUUGGGCACAGAAUCAGCUUAAACAAAAAGAUACAAAGGAGAAAGUACUCAAGUACAUUGAUGAGCUGUGUGAAAGCCUGCUAAGUCCGAUGGGAGAGUCGAUAAUUGACUGCAAUAGCAUUUCAAGCAUGCCGAACAUUACCUUCACCAUCGGAGAUAAGCCUUUUGUUCUCACUCCACAACAGUAUGUUCUGAAAACUGGCCAAGGCGUGCUGCUAUCUGCAUCAGUGGCUGCUAUCUGCAUCAGUGGCUUUACAGCUUUCGACAUACCACCUCCAACGGGUCCUCUCUGGAUCCUUGGAGAUGUAUUUAUGGGGGCAUAUCACACAGUUUUCGACUUUGGCAACCUCGAGAUUGGAUUCGCCGAAGCGGCUUAACAACCACCGGCUCUGGUUUUCUGUAACUGGUGGAUUUCAGAAACUCUUAAGAUGGAGCUGUCAUAGA